UACAGUGGCUGUAUUAUACGAUAGCGCAGCGCGGAUUUCUCGCAACCCAUAAAAAAUUAAACGGAAAUCGUCGUGUGCCAUGGGUUAUUUUAGAUCCAACGGCAGCCGUUAAUUAUUAUUUUACACGGAAUAAACAAAAACAUUGAAUACAGUUUUAAAAUGAGUUUGUCGACGGAUCCCACACUUCUAGACCUAAAUACAAGCUUUAGCACUAUACCACGAUUAUAUGCGACUAGUGUUAGUUUGGAGCCACCCAACGAUCUAGAAGCCGAGGAUAAUUAUGCCUGCGGCACAUUCAACUGCUCCCCCACAGAGUUUGUGGCUUUUGUUCUUGGUCCGCAGACCCUACCACUUUAUAAGGCAAUUUUGAUAACAAUUAUAUUUGGCGGAGUUUUUAUAACCGGGGUCAUAGGUAACCUAUUGGUGUGCAUUGUGAUUAUCCGACACUCGGCAAUGCACACGGCGACGAAUUACUAUCUGUUCAGCUUGGCGGUCUCAGAUUUGCUGUACUUACUCUUCGGGCUACCAACGGAAGUGUUUUUAUACUGGCACCAAUAUCCAGAUCUCUUCGGCAUGCCAUUUUGCAAAAUUCGAGCAUUUAUUUCUGAGGCGUGUACAUAUGUCUCCGUAUUUACCAUCGUUGCAUUUUCAAUGGAAAGAUUUUUAGCCAUUUGCCAUCCAUUGCAUUUAUAUGCAAUGGUUGGUUUUAAACGCGCAAUUCGGAUAAUAACAGCUCUUUGGAUCGCAAGUUUUAUAAGUGCCAUACCAUUUGGAUUGCUCUCCGAUAUUCAAUACCUGAAAUACCCACCAGAUGAUUCGCGCAUUGAGGAAUCGGCGUUUUGCUCCAUGUCUCCUGAGAUUGUAAAUGUUAUACCCGUGUUUGAAGUAUCCUUUUGCAUAUUCUUCGUGAUUCCAAUGAUACUUAUAAUAUUACUUUACGGGCGAAUGGGAGCGAAGAUUCGCUCGCGAACAAACCAAAAAUUGGGUGUUCAACAUGGCACCAAUAACAGAGAAACACGAAACUCACAAAUGAGAAAGAAGACAGUAAUACGAAUGUUGGCCGCUGUGGUGAUAACGUUUUUUGUGUGCUGGUUCCCAUUUCACCUGCAACGACUUAUAUUCCUAUAUGCGAAGGAUCUGGAUAAUUAUCUGGAUAUAAACGAGGCGCUCUUCUCCAUUGCUGGAUUCGCGUACUACGUUUCUUGCACCGUCAAUCCAAUAGUUUAUAGCGUGAUGUCACGUCGCUAUAGGGUCGCAUUCAGAGAACUCCUCUGCGGAAAGCCAGUGGGCGCGUACUACAACAGUGGAUUUGCACGGGAUCACUCGAGUUUUCGGGACAGUACAGCCACGAGUAUGGGAAACAACAUCCACUAUGACCGGGUCCACUCUGUUCAUGUAAGGUCAAGUCGGCAUCAAAGUAGCAAGAACGAAGCUGACCCCUUGUCUGCAAAUCGAGUGCUGAUAAAGAAAACGUACAGUCUGCCGCUUCCAAAGAAUUCGGAUUCUGCUGUCCUAAGCACAACUGACAUUGUCAUUGUACUGGAAAAAAACUCCACUGCUCGACACACAAUUUGUGAGGAACCAAAAGUUGAAAAUGACAUUUGGAUCGAAAACCAGGAAACUUGUAUUUAAGGACACUUUAAUUGUUGAACUUUUAACGAAUCACGAGUGAAAAACCUAAGGUUAAACGCAAAGUUUUAUGUUAAAUUUAGUAAUAGGACUAGGAUUAUUGUUUCUAGGAAAUGAGUUAGUCUGUUCUAGGAAUUGGACUAAUUUUAAUUAACUUCGCACACAUGAAGAUUAAAUUAUUAGGACCACAUCUCAUCUUACUAAAUAAAAAAUGAGUCAACUUUUAUACUUAACAGCAUUUGUAUUUUUACCGUUUUUACCAAAU